AUUUCAAACAAAUAAAUGAUCAUCCUCUCUUUUUUUCCCUCUCUUUUUGUCAUUCCAGUUCGUCUUCAUGAUAGUAUUGCGGAGGAAGGCUUCCACUACUUGGUUUUUGACCUAGUUACAGGGGGAGAACUGUUUGAAGACAUCGUAGCCAGGGAGUAUUACAGCGAGGCUGACGCAAGCCACUGCAUACAACAGAUCCUGGAGAGCGUUGAACAUUGUCACAAAAAUCUUAUAGUUCACAGAGAUUUGAAGCCUGAAAACUUGUUGCUAGCGAGCAAGUUAAAGGGUGCUGCGGUCAAGCUUGCUGAUUUUGGUUUAGCCAUAGAACUGGACAAUGGAGAGCAGUGGUAUGGCUUUGCAGGAACACCAGGUUACCUAUCCCCCGAGGUGCUCAGGAAAGACCCCUAUGGCAAACCAGUUGACAUAUGGGCCUGUGGUGUUAUAUUAUAUAUACUUCUGGUUGGCUAUCCACCAUUCUGGGACGAGGAUCAACAUAGACUCUACUCACAGAUCAAAGCUGGAGCGUAUGAUUACCCUUCACCAGAAUGGGACACAGUGACACCUGAAGCAAAGAACUUGAUAGAUAGCAUGCUGACAGUCAACCCAGGAAAGCGUAUCUCUGCCUGCCAGGCUCUAAAACAUCCAUGGAUCCAGUUGAUGAACGAUAGACUGCAAAACCGAGAUCGCUAUGCUUCAGCAAUGCACAGACAGGAGACCGUUGAUUGCUUGAAGAAGUUCAACGCUAGACGCAAACUCAAGGGUGCCAUCCUCACCACGAUGCUGGCUACUAGGAACUUUUCCAAACGUUUCUCAAAAAGCAGUACGGAGCGGGAAAAUAAAACUAUCUGCCUUUCCAUGGUCCAAGGAAUUUCUGCAGCUUCACAGCAGGCGAAGCAGGAUAGUUCAGGGGGCAGUCAAGAAAAGGCCACCCGGACUCUGCAACAGAAGAAAGAUAAUGGCAUCAAGGAGUCCCCAGAGGGCAGCACAAUGGAAGAGGAUGACCUGAGAGUUAAAAAGCAAGACAUUGUCAAGAUGACAGAAACUCUUCUUGAAGCAAUCAACGUAGGUGACUUUGAAUCUUACACCAAACUGUGUGACCCCCACAUGACCUGUUUUGAACCCGAGGCCAACGGGUUCCUCAUAGAAGGGACAGAUUUCCACAAGUUCUACUUUGACACUCUGUGGAAUAAGAACACUCGAAACCGGAAUGUGACCAUCCUACAUCCCAGAGUACAUCUUCUUGGUGAUGAUUCAGCAGCCAUCGCUUACGUCAGGCUCACCCAGUUCAUUGACAAGGCCGGUAAUCCAGUGACGCACCAAUCAGAAGAGACCCGAUUAUGGCAUCGUCGGGACGGCAAGUGGCUGGUAGUGCACUUCCACAGGACAGGCCAACCCAGCAUUAGCAAGUAGCCCGCCCUCUACGGCACCCAAACCCUCUCAAGAUUGGCAAGAAAAGGAGGCGGAGGACUCGCGUCAUCAAUAACCAAAUGAAAAAAAAAAUAUUACGUAUAGUGAAUGACCAGCAAAUUUUUGAAAAAAAUACAGAACGAAAUCCGCCUCUUUGAGAGUGCAUAGAAGCGAAGCUUUAUUUUGUUGAGAUCCGAUUGAAUGUGUUAAUACUUCUCUCUUUCCUUCUAUGUAUGUGUGUGUGUCAGGUAAAGCUCCCUCUAUAGGGGAGUGGGUGUAAGGGUUUUACCUAGGCAUUGAUUGGUUGGUUUUAUUUGAAGAGCCAGGAGUGUUGUAAUGUGAACAAUCUGGAGGGCAAUUGGAACUUGGAGACUUUGUCGGGUGGAAUGGAACUUGGGGGGGAUUUGAGAAGCGCAAGGUAUUCCAGGAAUUGGGCUCUUACAUUGCCAGAUGGAAUGUUUAGGGAGAGAAACAAGUAAUGUGUUCUCCUCUGUUCAGGCUAGGCUGUUAAGGUUAAGAUGAUAUGCCUUAAAAGAUAAUAGGAACCGUUUGAUGAUGAAAGUGUGGUGUCGAUUAUUGCACUAAACCUUAGUGUAAUCGAUUCUCCAUUGUUCAGGAUAUACACCUUGGUGUUGUCUGUGCACAAUGCAGUGUAGGGCGAACACCUUGGUGUUUGAAGGCAGCAUGGUGUUAACGAUACACCUUAGCAUUGAUUUAGACUUCCCAGCAUUUGAUUGCUGCGAAGGCUGGCAGUCGAUGCUUGGUUGGUUUGCCUGGGUUCUAAAAUGCCUACUAACUUUUGAUUUAUUUACCACAGUGGUCGAUGGAGAGAGAUGGUGUUUGCUCAAUUAUGAAAAGUUUAGGGUCUGUCAAGAGUUGACCUGGUGGAUCGUUGAUUGGUUAAGGUUGCUUCUAGUCCACCAGGCAUGUUCAUGCCGGGAGAAAAACACAAACCGUUUCUCUGGUAAUUUGGAGAAAGAUCUGCUUGUUUUUUAUGACAAGAUUUAAGGAACGAGCUCACUGUCCACUGUGGAUUUAUGGGUAAUACCGUGCAAGUCAUGCUUAAAUAGCCGGUGGCAGGCUCAUUGGAAAAUGGAAUAUAUACAGGAAAGAAUGUGUUAUUUAGUUGAAUUUAGAAUCCAUGUGUUUGUUGACCGAGAAGUCUGUAUGUUUGUGAAUAAUAUUGAUGUUUUUUGGUAGAGUAUUAGUUAUUGAUCCUGAUAGUCAUGUAAAGGGUAUAUUAAUCAUGAUAGUCCCCUUAUAAAGGGACAGACUGUCGGAAGAAGAAAAAAAGGAGUUUGAAAAAACCCUAUUAAGGCAUGAAAGCUGCCUCUGUAUUUACUUCUCUUGCUUGUUAAUAUGAACAAAGAAAUCUUUUUAUGUAAAAAAAAAAAAAAUCACAUUUAGAAAACUAUGUUUGAAUUAUACUGUUUAGAUGAAGGUUCUAUCAAAUAUACCUUAAAUUCUGGUUAUUUUAAGCUAAUUUUUCUAGUUGUAGUGUACAAUCAUUUCAGAUUGCUUUUAAAAUACUUGUAUGACUCUAGACAUACCGAUUGCUUUUUCAGAAGAAUGCUGGCAAUUUCAUUCUGAAUAUUCCUGUUAUGUUAUAAAUGGAACGAUAGAAAUGUAAGUAUUUGUUUCAGGUGGGUUUUCUUGUAAAGGUUUGUUUUGUUCCUUCAGUGAAACGAUUCUUGAAUUUGAUUCUCAUCUGCGUCUCAAGGGAGGACAAUCUACACUACAGGGUUUAUCAUACAUGAUAUAUCUUGGUGACGGGAGACAAUUAAUAUAGAUGGGAGACAUUCUUUAUUUCUGUUCCAAACAUUAUUGCAGCUCUGGGCUCUCGGUAAUGCUGUACCAGUGUGUGUGAUUUGAUGUAUGAAACCAUGACACAGAACCUCAUGUCCCUUUCAUCUCACUUUUUGAAGAUUUGAAUUUACCAACUUUUACAAGAAGUAGUUCAGGAGGUAGUUGGAACUGUUCAGGCUUUUCCUGGAGGUGGAGUUAUGGUUGGAAGUGCAGGAAUUUUAAAGAUGAACUCUGAUCUCCCUGUUGUCUAUUAUACAAAUUGUGAUGCUUCUUUUUGGACAAUCUGACAUGUAACAGUAAAUGAGUUAUUUGGCAUGGUUGGGCUUUGAGUUUCAAUUUUCAUUUGGGUCAAGAGUGUAUGAAAUAAUAUGACUAGCAAUUGGGCAUAGAGCAGUAUGACAUCAUCGUUUUGUCAACUUUUGAACUUGAACAUUGAAUGAAAUACUGUACCAUUUGAAAAUCGAAAUUGUUUGAGAAAGUCCAAAGAUUUUUGUCAGUUUUGUAUUUUAUAUUAAUCUUUGGUCACUUCCCUGGGUCUAAUUUCUAUCACAUUCAUUGAUAUGCUAAACUUUUCCUGUUAUGAAUCUUGCAAAAGUAAACAAAAUUUGCCUUUUCAUGUAAUUUCCCAAACCAUCCUUUUAUAUUCCCCUGUCCCAUCUGUUGUGUUGAACAUGUCAUCAUAGGUUUUAACACCUCCUCCACCCCCCCCCCAAUCAGUACCCUGAUUAAAUAAAUUUUUACAAUUCUGUCUAAAGGAAGUUGAAAUGUUAGAUGUAACAUGGUGUGUUAUUAGGAGAAGGCUUGGAGCUGCAAACCCUAUCUGUGCAGACUUUAAACCUUGUUUUUGUCAAGAUAUUAUUUCUAUUAAUACAUGCUCUAAACAUGUUCUUGAUACAUGCCCCAGAAACCAAAGAGGACUAUCUCACUCUCAUCCUCAAUUAUGUAGGGAAGAUGCUAACCCAUCACAGUACCAGAGCCUUUUCUUUUUGCUUUGCAAUAUUAGAAAAACUUUUCCACACAGGCAUUUUUUCCCUUUUUAUUGGGACAUGCAAGUCGUAUCCACGUAUAUGACACUUAACAAGCCAAAGGGAUCAAUAUAUUAGGAGUUGGCAAUUUCUGUCAUUCAUACAUGAAAGUGCAAUAGCUAUCGAAGUUGAUAGUUGUGCAAAGACUGUUUAGAGGUUGUGAGAAAAGAUGCAAUAGGACCUUUCUGAACAAAUACAACCAACCGGAGAGGGGAGGAGAGAUCACUUAUUGUGAUCUGUACCAAACCUACUUACCGGUAGUAAGCACUCAACGUUUAUAGUAAGAUACAAGAGUAGAGGAGUUUAAACCCUUCCCAAAUCCUGUUCUUUAAAACAAUAUUUUUUUUUCAAGAUCAUCAUGGACUGGUUUCACUGUAAUUGUCCUCCCAAACUCUCCGAUAUUGCACCUGUAAAGAAAAAAAAACCCACUUUGUCAACAAUACAGCUUUUUCUAAGCUGGAUUUGUGCCUUUUUGAAGAUGUCAGUAAGUUUGAACUAAAAGGACCUUAGUAGAUUUAAGUACAUGUAGUUGUAUUAUUGUCUGUUCUCAUUGUAGGGUAGAGGAUCGCAUGGAGGGAAAGAUUUGAUGUAAACAUGGAUCUUAAAUAUGCAAUGUAAACGGGAUAUUUUUGUUGUUCUCUCUGACGGUCUGUCGAACAUGGUGUCUAUGUAUGUGGGAACGGAGAAUGGAAUUUUUUUCUUCAUUUUUAUUGAUGUUGAUGUAUGGUAUGUGUAUAUGAGUCAAUAUGUGUUAACAAUUCAAGAUUCAAAUGACGGUCGUUGGGUGAGAGGGAGCGGCCGAGGAGAGGUCCGUGCAACGGAACUCGUACGAUUAAAUAAUGUUCAACCAUUUUGAUUGUCACAAGACAUACAUGUAAAACUGCAGAAUAAGCAAACAAAAAAGUGAAUAUAAAUAUUUAUUCAAGAAGAUUUUGUGAUAUAUCUUACUUAGUGUCAUGGAUAUAGCGUGUGCUUUGGCUGCACUAAUGACAGUGAUGAUAAAGCAAUGAUAAUCACAGAUAAGUAGAUUAGUAUUAUGAUAUAUAUAUAAUGUAUCUAUCCUUAGCACCAACUGUAUUUUGGAGAUAUGGUCAUUAUGUUUAUGUUUGGUACAGAUUCCCUUUCAUGCAUUGCAUUUGCUUUUUCUAUUCUUGAGAAAUGUAUGAUUAUAGAUGUCUUUUUUUCUUCAAAUUAACUUUUCUUUGCAAUUAGAUAAAUUUAUAUUACUGAUAUUAUCAUUAUUGUUUGGUGUAACAAUGUUUAAUAUAUAUUAUUGCUAGCUCCUAAAUAUAUGUGCAUAUUUGUCUUGGAAUAUAUAAAAUCUCUCUUCUUUUUGUUGGAAAGCAAUGUAACUAGUGUAAUGAUUUUCUAAUGAGUAUAUGUGGCUAAUCAUGUAAUUUGUAGAGGUAGUGUAUUUUUCCUAUUCAUUUGAGAAUGAAUAUUUCUUGUUUCAUUUUUCAACUCGCUCACGUGGAAGACUGCUGCAAAAAGGAAAAAAAAACAAAUGUAUUGAAUUGAAGGAUCUGCAGGAGCGGCAUCCGAGUACAACAUUACCUCUUACUUUGUGCAUCUAACACUUUGAAUCUCGCACUUGUUGAAACCUCUGUAUCUACCCUAUAGCAGAUACAAGGAGGCGGUAAAGUAGGGGUUAAGGAGAUAAGUGUUUCAAUGCACGGUGACAGGUUUACGCACUACAACGAAAUAAGACUUGUACAAUCUAUAUAUUACUCUUUGCAAUGUAAACUUCUUUCUGUUUUUGUUUUCUUCUCAUUGGGAAUGUACAUAUUUUUCAAAUUGCACAUACAUGUAGAUGUUUUUGAGUCAGUGCAAGAAUGGCUUACCAGAAGAGAGCUGGUCACUUAUGUAGAGAUGAUAUGGUUAUAUGUAGUAGUAUUGUCGGGUGCAAAAGGGUGUAUCUGCCAAAUCGUCUGCUGGCAUGGCAUGGCGGGGCAUCUUCCUUUUCAAUGUUCAUUCAUGGCCUGUUCAUACCACGUUGACUAGAGAUCCCAACUACAUGUAACUUCAUACCCUGCAACUGUCUAAUCCAUCCCUUUCUCUGUCAACAUUCAUUAAUGGUUCAAUCUCAUCUACAUCUAUUUCGAAAACUUGAAUCUCUGUUAAAUAUAAAAGGACUCGCAGAAGAGUUUCUGCCGCCAGCCCCCAAAUCAUUUUUAUGACGUUUCCCUUUUGCAUUAUUCCAUGGUACCUCCUUUUUUUUUUUAGUGCAGAAUUUUAAAAUAAUUGGAAUUUGGGGGUGUAAUUAAUUCAGGAUGUAUUGGGUUAUCUGCAUGUAGCUAUUUCGGAUUUCAUAUAGCAAUGAUAAUGAAGGUUGGUACUUGCUGCUGGAAUUCUGACAGAGAGACACUGUACCAACAUGUGGCAUCAGCAGUCAUAUAACGCCCUUCUAGCACCAGUACCCACACAGAUAUUUUUUUAUAUUUCUGUCCCCCCCCCCCCCCUCAGAAAGGAGGACAGUAGCCUUUUGGUGUGCUAUCUGUCCCUUCCCUCUAACCAAAUGCAAGGAGCUCAUUGAAUAUUCCUCUUAAAUGUACAUACUUUAAUAAUGACUUACGAGAAACUUAAAACCUGGUAUUAGGUUUAGGCUUACAGUAAACUAAGGCCUCUGUAUUGCAAACACCACAUGGUAAAAUGAAAAGGAAGAUACCCACAUGCCAAAAUUCAGACACGUUGGAGAUAUAGCGCCCUCUAUAGUCGGUUCAUCCUCAUGUUGGUUUAAUGGUGUAGAUGGCAGAGUAUUACACUGAAUCUAGGAGUGAUAAAUGUAUACUAUUUUUACUUGCUGUGUGUCUCUGAGACUUGUAUAAGAGCACUACUGAAAUAAUGGCAUAUUCACCCCUUUAGUUUAUUGAUAUCAUUUCGAAACAAUCUUAAGCCAUAAAGAAUUCCAUUUAAAAACCCAUUAUUGUUGAUUUUGAAAUUAUUUCACGACGGAAAUGCUGCUUUUUGAGUCGAUAGAUUAAAGGAUUUCAGUGUAUAAGUAAAGGAGAAGAAAAAGAAAUUAAAAGGGAAAAAUAAAUAACAAAUUACCGGUAGGUGACAUUGAUACAUUCUAAAGAAUUGUAUGAAUUAUUGGGAUACAAAAUGUAUACAUGGCAAUGAAGAUGCCAAUGAAGAGGUCAGAUACCCGUGUUCUCUAGAAAAGAAGAGGGCAUUCUAAUUGAUUUUGCAUCUUCAAGUUUGGGAAGUAAAGAUGGGAUGAAAAUCUGGAACUUUCAUGGGGACUCCAAGUCAGGAUCAAACAGUAAGACGUGAUCAAGUACGAUGCUCGGUCUCGAAGAGAAUUAACUCGCUAUCGAUGGACGCUCGUCACAGGUCGUUUCAAUUUUAUGUUUUCAUUCUUAUCGGUGUCUAAACUUAAUAUCUUUUCUUUAAGAGUAGAGCAAGGUAUAUUCAGCACCCUUUGGUAAACUCUCUUUAAGAUCUGGUUGAUUAGUUAUGGGCCAUUUAUUGAAUAUACCUGGAAAUAAAUGUGCAAUUUGACUACA